AUGUCAGGCUCGCCUAUACCCGAGUCGCUCACUGCGAGCGUCACCGGUCGACUCACGCCCACAAACUACGGAUCGUUCAACUCGCGUUCCCAAGUAGGUACCGGAAGCGUUGCGCCUUAUGAGGACGUGGAUGUUGUCAAGAGGCACCUGGUUCAGCCCAGUGACGCGGGAGAUCUCGCCGACUCGGAGGAAGCUUCUUUGAUCAGCGGCCCCACCAAAGGUAAACAAGCCGACAACAACUUCGGGGACGACGAGUUUUCAAGUCUGCAGCUGCAGGGCGGCGACGUGACCCGACCGAUUUACAAGUGGACGGAGCAAGCGGAACGACAGAACAAGAUGCAGCGCAGCAAGAGUUUCCACCAGCCCCGACCUGAGCCCGAGCACGAUACACUCGACAUCAACUCGAUCAAGGUGCCUGGUGGCUUCCGCAGGAACCAUCUACGCCGACUAGCUGGUAGCCCUUCCGGCACGGAGCGGAGAGGUCUCUACCAGCCACAGGUCGAGGCGCAACAGCCCCCUCUGUUCACGUCGAGCUUUUUGGAGUUCCUGACCAUCUACGGCCAUUUCGCUGGCGAGGAGCUGGAAGAAGAUGACGAGGCGUUGGGUCCAAACGAGUACUUCUCUUCUGGCGAGGACACUGAUGGCUACGGCAGCGGGGAGGACCACGAGCCGAUGGAGGAUAGUGCGCUUUUGCCGCCCUCCAAGAGGCGACGGAGGAGAAAGGUCCGCACCACAGGCAACAACAGCCCUACAAACGCCAUGAUGCUUCUGCUCAAGUCCUUUGUGGGCACGGGCGUGCUCUUUUUGCCGCGUGCCUACCUUAAUGGCGGUAUGAUCUUCAGCAACGCCGUCCUGGUCUGCGUGGCCAUGCUCAGCUACUACUGCUUCGUGUUGCUGGUCAACACAAGGCUGCGGGUGGACGGCUCGUUCGGUGACAUGGGUGGCAUCCUAUAUGGCAAGUGGAUGCGAUUCGUCAUCUUGUCGUCCAUUGUCAUCAGCCAGAUUGGGUUUGUCGCGGCGUACACUGUGUUCACAGCUGAGAAUCUGCAGGCCUUCAUCAAGGCUGUGUCCAACUGCAAGACGUCGAUCAGCAUUCCUUGGCUGAUCUUGAUGCAAAUGGUGAUCUUCUUGCCAUUCUCACUCCUUCGCGACAUUGGCAAGCUAGGCUUCACGGCCCUCAUUGCCGAUGCGUUCAUUUUGAUCGGCCUCGCCUAUCUGCUGUACUACGACAUCAUCACCCUCAACGCGGAAGGCGUUGCCGAUAUAAUCCUCUUUAACGAUGACAACUGGACAUUGUUCAUCGGCACCGCCAUCUUCACCUUUGAGGGCAUCGGGCUGAUCAUCCCCAUUCAAGAAUCGAUGCGCCACCCAGAAAAGUUCCCCAAAGUGUUGCUGCUGGUCAUGGCCAUCAUUACUGUUCUGUUCACCGUCAUGGGAGCUGUGUCGUAUGCGGCGUACGGCUCAGACACGGAAACGGUCGUGCUCCUCAACUUGCCCCAGGACAACCACAUGGUCAAUGCCGUCCAGCUGCUGUAUUCUUGUGCGAUCCUGCUGUCGACACCGCUGCAGAUUUUCCCCGCCAUUCGCAUCGUCGAGACGGAGCUAUUCACUCGCAGCGGCAAGUACAACCCCUACAUCAAGUGGCAGAAGAACGUCUUCCGCUUCUUCAUGGUGAUGCUGUGCGCGGGAAUCGCCUGGGGCGGUGCGGAUCACCUGGACAAGUUUGUUGCUCUCGUUGGCAACUUUGCCUGCAUCCCGCUUGUUUACAUCUACCCACCUCUUCUUCAUCUGCGUGGCGUCGCGCGCACCAAAUGGUGGAAGUACUCGGACAUGGUGCUUUGUGCCUUUGGCCUCGUUGCCAUGGCCUAUACGACAUCCCUCACGGUCCUCAGCUGGGCCAACUCUGAGCCCAAGAACCCAGGCUAUUGCGACAAGAAGGGCACGGGCCUCAUCUGA